UACGGCUUUGUGUCAGAGAGGUAUUCACACCUUCAUCGAUAAUGAUCUCCCUAGGGGAGAAGAAAUUUCUGUAGAACUUCUCAAAACUAUUGAGAGCUCAACCACAUCAAUAAUCGUAUUUUCUAAAAACUAUGCAUUCUCUACUUGGUGUUUGGAAGAGCUUGUUAAGAUUGUUGAGUGUAGAACAAAUAAGCAAUCAGUGCGACCGGUUUUUUACAGAGUGGAUCCAUCAGAAGUUCGUAAGCAAGAAGGAAAGUUUGGGGAAGCAUUAACUAUGCAUGAACAAAAAUUUAAUGAUAAAAAAAAGAUACAAAUGUGGAGGACAGCUCUAUGUGAAGCAGCCAAUCUCUCUGGUUGGGACUCCAAAAAUAGCCGCGAUGACUCUGAACUUGUCCAAAGCAUUGUUGAAGAUAUCUCAAAGUCUAUUUUAAAUAAGAUGCCAUUAUCGGUUUCUAAGUAUCCAGUUGGAAUAAAUUCUCGAGUAGAGGAUGUUCUAAAAUCUUUAAAUAUUGAAUCAAAUGAUGAUAUUAGAAUAUUAGGGAUUUAUGGCCUUGGUGGAGUAGGCAAAACUACAAUUGCAAAAGCUAUUUAUAAUAGAACUUCAUAUCAUUUCAAAGCAAAAAUUUUUCUAGAGAAUGUUAGAGAGAAGUCAAUAACAAAAGGCAUAAUUCACUUACAAGAGACACUUCUUUCUGAGAUGUUAAAGAGUAGGAAUUUGAAGGUGCAUAACAUAUCUAGAGGAACCAACAUGAUAAUUGAAAGUCUUUGCUCAAAGAGGGUUCUUAUCAUUCUUGAUGACGUGGAUAAUUCAGAUCAGAUAGAAAAAUUGCUUGGAAAAUGUGAUUGGUUUGCUUCUGGUAGUAGAAUAAUUAUGACAACAAGAGAUAAACGCUUGCUAGACACUCUUGGAAAUGGUGUCUCAACCUAUCGAGUUAAGGAAUUAAAUAGAAAUGAAGCUAUUGAACUCUUUAGCAAGCACGCCUUUCGAAGCGACAAACCAAGUGAAAAUUAUUUGAAACUUGUGAACCAAGUUAUAUGCUAUGCUCAAGGCCUUCCACUAGCUCUAGUAGUAAUGGGUGUUGAUUUGUAUGGAAGAACUGAACUUGAAUGGGAAAGUGCCUUAAAUAAGUAUGAAAAAAAUUCCCAGUAGAGAUAUUCAAAAAAUACUACAAAUAAGUUAUGAUGGAUUAGACGAAAUCGAACAACAUAUUUUCCUUGAUAUUGCAUGUUUCUUCAAGGGAUACAAUUAUGAUGAGGUUGUAGAUAUACUAGGCGCUUGCGAUUUAUACCCAAAAUCAGGUAUUAAAAAACUUAUUGAGAAAUGUCUUAUGACUAAAGAAGGGAAUACAUUAUGGAUGCAUGACUUGCUACAACAAAUGGGUAGGGAAAUUGUUCGACAAGAAUCACAAGGAAACCUGGGACAACGUAACAGACUAUGGAAUUAUGAGGAAGCUCUUGAUGUACUAAUUGAAAACAUGGGAUCGGAUAAAAUUUGAGGCAUAAUGUUACGGUCGCCUAAAUCAACAACGGUGCAAUUAGAGGCACAAAUAUUUCGUAAUAUGAAAAAUCUGAGAUUCCUAAUAAUUCAUAAUGUGCAUUUCCUUGGAGGUCUUGAAUAUCUUCCCAAUGGAUUAAGACUGCUUGAUUGGGAUACAUAUCCUUCUUCUUCAUUGCCAUCCAGUUUUUGUCCUAAAAAACUAGUUGUGCUCAGAAUGCCUCGUAACCGAAUAGUGGAACCAUUAAUGCAGAUUCGUGCAUUUGAAUUCGUGACACAUGUGGACUUCAGUCGUUGUCCAUUGAUUAGGAAAAUACCUGACUUAUCAAUGUUUCCAAACAUAAAGAAAUUGGAUCUUAGUUGCUGUAAUAAUUUAGUUGAGAUUAAAACCUCCGUGGGGCGUCUUGAUAGGCUUGUAGUGGGGGGCAACUUUGGGCUUUACUUUAGCCUUCGAACUCCUCCGACCAGUCAAGUGUCAAAACAUCUUAGUCCGCCUUUCUUAAAAUUAAGCUGUCAAAAUCUGUCAUUUGGGAAUUUGAUUGGGCUUAGGGAGUUGCAUAUUGGAACGAGUGGAGACUCAACUCGGUCUUGUCAUCUUCCAGGUAGCAUCUAUAAUUUACAACAUAUAGAGACACUCCAUCUUUCUGGCAAUUUCAUAUUUGCAAAGGACGUGGAGAUUGAUAGGCAGCCACUGUGCAAUUCUCUGGGAGGCUUUUCCAAAUAUGUUUUUCCAAGCUUGAAAAACCUAGGUCUUUAUUUCUUUUCUAAUCCAUCAGAAUUUGAUUUUAUUUUGAAUUAUUGUUGCCCCGUCACAUUGGAAACAUUAGACAUCUACUAUUGCAAAUCUGUUACCCUCCCAGAAAGCAUAAGCAGAUGUGAGAGAUUACAUUCGCUUCAUAUUGGACUUGGCAACGAGCUUCGGAAAAUUCCUAGGCUUCCACGAAGUUUAAGAUAUUUAAAGCUAUCAAAUUGGCUUCCUUCGCUGGGUUCAAUAUCAAUCAUUCAUCGGCUUCGAAAAUUGAUAGGAGGUCCACCAAAUCUACAACCAUGUUUAGGUGUGACAAGCCACAUGUUAAUGGGUAUUCCCUCAUCUACUACAAUAUCCCGUUCAAGUGCUUUCCCAUUUGCAAGUUGUUUCAACCAUCAAAAGAAUGGAAAUUUAAUAUCAUUCUUAAUUGGUCCGGAAUUUCCAACAAUUGCUCUCUUUGUUGCUUUUGAACAAUAUUAUUAUUCGAGUUUUUAUUAUCAUGCCAUCAUUUCCAUCAAUGGUAGUAAACGAACGACCGAAAACAUAAUCAUUGAUGGCUUUUGUUUUGAGGUCGCGUGUUUAUUUCGUAGCUCAUUGCAGAAACUAUUUGAGGGCUUCAAUCUUGGUGAUCAGAAUCUUGUUGAGAUCUUCUGUGAAACCUUUCCUCUUCCUCUAUACAAAAAUUCUCCUAAUAUUAAAUGGAUAGGAGUCCAUGUACAAUGCAUUUGUCCCCGAGGCCGUCGAAUUUCAAAGAGAAAUGUGCACCAACGGCUUAGACCAUCUCUUCUCAAAGGUCCAAAUUUUAUCCUGCGUAGACCGUACCGUAGUACCCUGUGGCCAACCCCAAGUACUUCUCUUCAACCAUUACUAAAAGCAACAAAAAUCAGCUACAAAAACAGGCCCUUAUUAGCAAGGAGCCGCAAAUGUUUGUGUGGAGCUCAAACCCGUUGUCGGUGUACCAAGGAGGUUGGCUCCACAUAUUCAGCAGGACCAGUUUCAGUGCAUUCGAGCAAUUUGGAAAGUCGGAUUAUCUAAAGUGCUAUGAAUGGUGGCGGGUCAUCCACGGUUUCUAAUACAGGGCUUUCAAUGGAUGUGAAAAAUGGGGCUGACUUGGGUUUGGAAUUUGACUCAACCAUUGGUGAUCAGUAUCCACAGUCAAAGAAAAGGAGAACCUCUUGAUCAAAUUUCGAAGAAACAUGGCAAGGUUGGCACACCCUGGAGGACCAUUGAUGAUGAACAAGGCAGCGGCAUUGGUGAAAUUUAUAGAAAAUGUUAAUGAUUGGCACACCCGGGAGGAUCAUUGUGAUUAAAAAGAGAGCGAAAGAAAAAAUUUUCUGUUUAAGAUGUUUUCCUUAGAACUCAUUGCUAGACCCUUUCUUUGGUGGAUAUUGGUUAUAUCAUGCUAUUCAAGAAUUGAAUAUAGGUGUGUUUUUAUAUCAUGUCAUAUUUUGCAUUCUCGUUGGCAUUGAAAUAUUGAUAUUAGUAUUAUGCUUAUAUUGAUCCUGCUGUGGGUAGUGAUAAUUAAAUUUGGUUAUGCAAAAGAUUUAUUUAUUUAUUUAAUAUUAUUAUUCUAGAAAGCAUGCUUAAAACAUACAAGAUAGAGUCAUAACUCAUAAGCUACCAAACACCCCCCCACCACCCCCCACCCCCCCCCCCCCCAUCUCUUAUUAUGAGUCAUGUCAAACAUAGAUGGACUCUUUUUCCACAAGAGUUUAAUAUAUUUUGAAGAAAUAUGGCCUUUUAGCAUCUCCAAAAUCUAUAUACUAGUGGCCAGUCAACCGUGGUCUGAUUUGCACAAGGAUCAGUAAUAUGUUUAUAGUUUAUUGUAACCUAAGCCAAUUAUGACAUAACUAGUACCUAAUGAUAAUACAUGUUUUGCAAACUUGUCUUUAUUAUGGGAAAAAUUAACACUUUUAAUCCUGCGGCUCAAUAACAUAAAAAAAAAAAAAAAAAGGUAAAAGAAAAGUGUUAUAGAGAAAUGAGUACAGGGUUUUUGGCUUUGCAAAUUCAUGAAUGAUUGGACUGGUCUUGAUAGUCUUUUUUCCUUUUUGAUUGUUUCUGGAAGUAAUUGUAAUUUUUUAAAUUUGUAGCUUUAUUAACUAGAUAAGAUCCAAAGGCAGUAUGACUAAUUUAAAUUAUAUUGGUUAUGUUUUAGCAUUUGGUGAUGUGUAUUUCCAGAAGUAUCAUUUGCUUUUAAUGAAUAAAAGCUAAUCACCAGUUAGGUGUUAUAAUGAUAGCCUUGUCCCAGCAAGUUAAGUGCAUUGGUACAGGGUAUUUGGCUUUGCAAAAUGAGUACAGGGUAUUUGGCUUUGCAAAUUCAUGAUUGAUUGGACUGGUAUUUGGCUUUGCAAAUUCAUCAAAACAUUUCAAAGUUCUCUUUACUUUACUGGGACCCAAUAGAUUUAUCAUUCCCGAUAGUGAAUAUCUGAGAAUGAGCUCGACAUCAACAAUGGAUCAUUACCUCAUUGAUUUGUCAUGGACUCGUUGCCAAAGCUUGGACUGAAUGGUCAAGAUGUUCAACGGGACUGAAAUGGUCAAGAUGCUCUCAGGCAUAGAUACAAACAUUUGAGAAUGCAAUAUAAUGACAUAAAAGUUCUUCAAUAGAGUGGGUUAUCUUGGGAUGAAACAGGAGAAAUGGUAACCACUGAGAUUAUGUCUAGGAUUCUUAUACCAAGGUGCAUCCUGAUGCUUGGUCUCACAGAAAUUAAUCUGUUCUGAGUUGUUACAAAUUGUUGUUAUAAAUGUUGAAGGGGUUUCUAAUGAAGAUGCAGAAUUUCUUCAUGCAAUGCAGAUUUCAACAAUGAAGACCCCAAUUUGAUGAUUGGUAUAUUUCUUGUUUCAGAAUUGAGUGCUUCCCAAAUAAUUCAAAGAAUAUUAUUGCCUGCUUAUAUAUUCAUAUUUCAUUGUGUUGUUCCUUAACUUACUCUAUCAACAUUCUUUCAGUUGCAUCGUGUCAUUUUCUGCCAUUACUAUCCAAAGUCUGAUGUCGUAGAACUGAUAAUUAUGCUUAUUUCUGCUUGAUUAAUGGAAAUCCAGCUUCUGUUGGGGGUAUAACCAAGUGGUUCAAGAUAUUGGUUGCGUGUAAUGGUGCCAAUGAGAUUUUCUUUUCACAAGCCUAUAACAGGCUGUAGCAUUUGGUGAGAUUUUCCCCAUAUUUACUCCUUUUUAGAGUUCUUUUGAAGGUGUAAAAUUUCAUAUGACUCUCAUAAGUUUCAAAUUAAGAUCUCAUGAAUAAACAUACCAUAAUAUAACUCUCCCAAAUUUCAAAUUUUUGUUUUUGAUUUGUGGAAAUGGCAACACCAAUGAAAGGAAAAAUUACUAAAGUCACUCACCGGACAUUGAGGACUAUGAGCUGGGACUGAUGAUCUCUCUCUCUCUCUCUCUCAAUACUACCUACAUGUUGAAAGGAUUGGUACAUUCAAUUUAUGACUUGAUAUAUAAUUUAUGACCAUCUGCAUAAUUAUCGAUGAAGGCCAUGCGAAAAACUACACUAGCAUAAGUCAAUGUAAAAACUUUGAAUAAUUAGUGUUGUCAUAAGUUUUAAUUUUACGAUAAUGCAAUUACUGCAUUUAGUUUUCCUGCAAGUGUUGUAUAAAAACUCUGAAAUCUCCCCAUUUCAAGUAAUGUUGGAGAUUGAUUUUGUUAACUGUAUGAAACAAUAUAAUUGUUCCAAUUUUGCUUUGGUGCCCUUUAGAAUAAAUUCUUGCAUGUAAUGGGAGUUAUUUUGAAGUUGUAGGUGAAGAGGAUGACCAAUAUUUGCUAGUAGUGAUUCUCAUGGACUGUUAUUAUAUUAACCUUGAAUUAGAGCAAUUGCACAGAUGGAAUAAGAUUGGUCCUACAUGCAAUGCUCAAGCUUCGACCUGGAUGGUUGCAUCAUGCAGUAGAAGAUUUGGCAUUAUGGGUGGUAAAGAUGUACUAGAAGAUCAAAAUUUAAGCUUAAUGAAGAUUACAUGGAAAUAAAGGAUCUCCCCAGUCAGAAUGGCUUCACUGGUGAUGAAAUUUGCCAAACAGUGACCACCGAUGAUAUCUUUGGAUAACUUAUAUCAAGGUACUCAGUGCUUUUGAACAACUCAGGCUUUGCAACCUCAUGAUGAAAGACCAAAGAGGCCUGUUAAGAGUGUGCGCAGCUCCUGAUAGCUUACAAUUGGUGAUCACCGCUAAAGGGUUUUGGUAAGCUUCUUCCGAGAUGGAGAGGUGGCCGGGGUGGCAUGCCAGCUUUCGUGGUCAAAUCGCAGAUAUUGCAGGAUGCAAGUGUUAUUUGCUGAAGAAGAGAAGGCUACCUUGAAGAUUAGAAGUGAUAAUGGAAGACACUUCUGACUGGCUGAAGCAGGGGAUGUAAGUGUUAUUUGCUGUUCAUAACAGGAUAUAACAAGGUUGACUUGGUGGAUGGAAGAGAUGUUUAGACUUGAAGAGUGUUGACACUUGGAACUUUAGAAGUAGGUAGCUGUCUCAUACAUUGGAUCAUGUUGAACAAUGUUAAUCUGCUUGACAAUCUUUUAAGUGUUUAUAGUCAAUUAGUUGUGUCUUAAGUUGAUAAUAAUCAACAUAGCUAAUUGCCAAUUUGGAAGAGCUGGUAAAACAAGGGGUACAUGUCAAAAUAUAUAUGUAAUCGAAGGAACUGAUCAACUUAUUGGCAUUGAAUGACCUAGUGUAGUUAUUUUGGGUACUAAUGUUAUUUGCCUGCUUUUGUAAAA